CCCUUCUACUCUUUUAUUCUCUGCCUCUGUAGUUAGCAGAAAUGACCUCCAUUGGAACGGGCUACGAUCUCUCUGCGUCCACUUACUCACCAGAUGGUCGUAUCUUCCAGGUCGAAUACGCCAACAAGGCCGUCGAGAAUUCGGGGACCGCUAUUGGCCUGCGCGUAAAGGAUGGCAUUGUGCUCGCAGUCGAGAAGAUUAUACACUCCAAGCUGCUGGUCCCAGACGCGAAUAGACGAAUACAGAGCAUUGACAAGCAUAUCGGCCUGGCGACGUCAGGCUUCCAAGCAGAUGGCAGGCAUCUUGCGAGCCAUGCACGGGGUGAAGCUACGAGCUAUCGCGAGUGGUACCGCUCGCCGGCGCCGGUGAAGGAAGUCGUUAGCAGACUGUCCAUGUAUGUGCAGGCAUACACGCUCUAUUCAUCAGUCCGGCCGUUCGGUGUCAGCACCAUUGUUGGUGGCGUCGACAACGCAGGGCCCCACCUGUUUGUCGUCGAGCCCAGUGGUGUCGCAUAUGGCUACCACGGGGCAGCGGUAGGCAAGGGUCGGCAACUUGCCAAGACAGAGAUUGAGAAGCUAAAGCUAGUAGAACUCUCGACAAGAGAAGCUGUCGUGGAAGCUGCUCGAAUUAUCUACCUCGUCCACGAUGACCAGAAAGAGAAGGAAUUCGAGUUGGAGAUGACAUGGAUUGGUGACGAAACUAACGGCCUACACCUCCCCGUCCCGAAAGACCUGCAUACGGAAGCGGAAAGGAAGGCGAAAGAUGCGCUAGAGAACUUCGAGUAAUUUGUGCAGAGCUCAAUCGUGUAAUCAUAUGUUCGACUGUUCAUCUUGAGAUGCUCAGCGCUGAGCACAAAGUAUUGUCCCGCGUCUCAGGUCACUGAAGAGCCGGAGGUAUUAUACAGGCCCAAUGAAGGGGCGCGUGUGCUCUAUACAAUCAUCUCUAAUUCGCGGGCAUAUUGCAGGUUCACCGUGAUGAGCUUGUCCUUGGGGAUCUCCAACUUCUCCUCGCCUUUCUUCGCGAAGUCGAUUGUGCCCGCGGUCAAGUCUACUUGCCACCCCCGCCCCUGGGCAUACUUCAGGACUUCUUGCUGCGUGCGGAAGAACAGUAGAGUCGCCGCAUCCUUUAUUGGCAAGCUGUUAUAUGCCGCCUCUUCGCAACUCGCGAUCUCGUUCCGGAUGGUGCCCAUCAGAGAGUCAACGAAGAAUUUGUACUCCUCGGCAGGUGCUUCCUCUCGCGCGUUCCACACCUUGCUGUAACUCCCCUCCAUGAGCCACCGCUCGAGGUUUAUGGGAUGGCUUAUGUAUGGGUUUGAGGCAAGUGAGUCUGCGGGUAGUGGGAGUGACUCGAGGGUCGUAUGGAAAUCGGCGAUGCGAUUCUGGGUGAGCAGGCGGAUGAGGUUCAAGCCGCGGAUGGGAUAUUCACGGGGAGAUGGCGGCAGGGCCGAGCUGUAAUCAUUGUAGUAGGUCUGCAGCUGCGAGAAGUAACGAUCGAAGGAAGGAAUAUCCCUCGUCCGUAUACUCCAGAACGCGCCGAUUUCCAGAAUCUCCCGGGCAACGGCGAGGUCAUUCAAGUCCACGUCUCCCUGUGGCACGAGCAGCCCAUGUUGAAUAAGUCCCACCUUCAACUUCGCUAGUAGAUCUCCGCACGCCUUGAGAUCGGUGGGUUGCGACGUGAAGGUCGUCUUAAGCU